AUGAAAGCACUCGGUCCUUUCUCCUCGACUGUAGAGUGUGCCCGCGUGGGAAUCGAGCUCAUUUUGGAUUUGAUUGCACGUCAGGGAUUUUACGCGGAUCGGCCGAUUGAUGCUUUUUUGAUUCACCGGUUUCUCUUGGAUAAAGUUUCGAACGUUUUUACUCAAAAUAGUCUCGAUUAUGGCAAUUUCUACUUGAAGCAUGCCGACGACAAAGGUGACCACAUACUUGUUGAUGAUGACUUUGGUAUUACCAGUGUAAUCGAUUGGGAGUGGGCACAUACCAGUUCUAAAUUAGGGACGUUCAAUUCACCAAUUGUCCUAUUCGAUGUAGCUGACUUCUAUGAGGGUGCAAACUUUAUCAGUGAGGAUAGAACCUUUUUGGCGGAAUGUUUUGAGGCUAAAGGACAUUCAGACCUUGGAAGCAUUGUUAGGAACGGGGAUAUUAUACACGGAUUCCGCUUUUGUUGUGGUUAUAGUCCCGUGGAUUGGAAGGAUAUAAUGGCCUUUUUGGCGGGCUUCUGA